AUGCUAUUUUUGUUUCUUUUCGGCCUUUUUCUGGCCGUUUCCGAUGGUCAGGUCCUCGAUGGAACCAAAGAGCUCAAGUUUGUCCAAGUGGUUCGUUUCUUUCAGAUCCCUGUUUCUUGCGUCAUUUAAUUUUUUUAACAAUUUUUCAUUUAAUUCUACUUCCGUCGCUCUCAGAAAACAAUGAAACUCAAACUUUAUUUUAAAUUUAAUUUUUACUGCGAAAUACCGUGAAUCCAAUUUGAGCAUUCCCAAGACGUUUUUUUGGCGACUCAUAUUUUUUUUUCCGUAAAGUGUAGUGUGUCGUGUGCAUGCACCGCGGCGCUCUCGCACAUUCCAUGUCGAAAAAAAAUGAAACAGAAAAAUCGCGUGUUUAAAAGAUACGAAAGCAUUUCCGACCAUAUUUUCUAUUCGAUGAGAUGAACACGGCUAUUUUCGACUUUGUGAGAUAAAAAAAAUUACAUAAAGUACGAUUUUUCAAUACUAAAUUCGCAUCUUUCCAUGUUCAAAUUGUGUUUUUCUCCAAAUUUGCCUACUUUUUCCUACAAAAAACUCGUUAUUAAUGAAGACAUCGCCCAAAAACCGCAAUCGGUGUAUGCACCAUUUAAACCUAUAGUGGGCCAAACCGGACGAGUUGAACUGAUGUGGAAUUAAUGAAAAUUUCGUCGAACUGAAAUUCACAAGAUUCUCUGCCUGAAGACCCUUGUCUCAAACCUCAAUGAGUUACCGAAUAUUUAUGAAAAUUUGAAUAAUUAGUUAUUUCGAAAGGUUAUUUGCUCUGUUUUGAAGUGAAAAAAUUUAAUCAUAAAAAACAGUUUUUUUUUAAUGCAACGUGGAUCGUUUGAAUUUUUUUGGGAUUUCACUCGCUAUAUUUUUUUUCGUUCAGUUUUACUUUAUUACUCAAUUGGAAAAAAAAUUGCUUCAAAUUUUGAUUUGAUCGAUACGAGAAAAAAUCCUACUCUUUGAAAAUGUCGAUUAGGCGAGAUCUUAAGAUUUUUCCAUGAUAGAAAAUUAACAAUUGAGGACUGUUUUCAUAAAAAAAAUUGCAAAAAUUCAAUCUGAAUCAAUUCAUUCCCUAGGUUUGGAGACAUGGCGACCGAUCUCCGACGGACACUUUUCCGACCGAUUAUUUCCAAGAAUCGGCCUGGAAAUUUGGAGGCGGUGGCUGGGGACAACUGUCACCUGUAUUCUUGGUUUUCACGGGGAAUUUGAAAUAUUCGAAUUUUAGUUGGGAAUGUCGCAACAUUUACGGUUGGGCAAAAGGCUCCGGGCGAGAUAUGUCACUGGCGGCACUUAUAGCUUCCUGCCGCCCGUUUAUGACUCGAAAGUCGUGAGUUUUUUUUCUGAAAAAUCAGUUCAUUUUUCAAAUAUUAUCAGAUUUUAGGAAGCAAAGAAGUUCUAGAAUCCAUUUUUAAGUGUUUCUGGUUGAAGAAGUAUAGCAAAUUUUCAAUAAGUUCCAUUUUUCAAUCAUUAUUUCGAGGUGGAAAGUCACAAACAACUCAAAAAAGAUGAAAAUCGAGUAUUUGAAAGUUUUGACCUGAAUCACUUUCCAGUUUCAGUAAACGUAAUUUUUGAAAAUCGGUUUUGAUGAUUUUAUUAAAUGCGCGUUGAGUUUGCAAAAAUUUUUAAAUUCUACAAAAAUCAGUUAAUUAUUAAGAAACCUUUAUACAUAUUUUUAAAGAAAAAAAACGGGUUCAAAGAUUAUUUUUCCAAGAGUUUCUGGUUAAAGAUCAGAAGGAAUUUAAAUUUUUUUAUAAGUUUUUCUUUUUUUAUACAUUUAUUGUCAAACUAGCUUCAAAUGAGCCUGACAACAGCGGAAAGCAAAGAUUUGAAGCUCCAUUCAGUUUGCCAGAUGAAAUUUCGAUAUUUUUUUGACCUGAACGACUUUCCAGUUUCAGUAUACAGGAUUUUUGAAAAUCGGUUUUUAAGAUUCUAUUUGAUAUCUUCUAUAAGAGUUUUUUUAUUCGGAAAACUAGGAAAGAGCCUAUUUUUCUAUGAAUCCUUUCGAAAUUACUAACUUGUUUGAAGAUGUACGUGAGGUCGACAAGUUUGAACCGGACGCUGAUCUCAGCAAUGGCGAAUAUGUUGGGAAUGUACGGACAGGGCCGAUAUAACAGUGUUGCAGGUUUCUUUUUUUCUAAUAUUCAGUCAUUUUUUGUUGAAAUGAGGGUAAUAAUCUUCAAAAGAAGAGCCAACUUGAUAAAAAAAAACACAAGUGAUAAGGUACUGGGAAACUUUAGUGGUCACUAUAGAGGCUCGCCAAGGACUAUUUGGAGAGGACACUAAAGUGGCCACUAUUUUCCGUUUUAGUGGCCACUUCAGUAGUUUUUCAUCCAGUAUUCCUUCCAGUAACUCUGAUAAUUUUAAAACAAACAGAUUGGACCAGUUAUGUUGAUCCACUGACCCCUAAAGUGGCCCCUACAAUUUUUCGUGGUCUAGUAGUAGCCCUUAGACCUCUAUAGUGGCCUCUAGAUUUUAACCCUUCAAGUGGCCACUAAUUGGACUACUAUAAUGGGCUUCUAAAACGUCAAAACCCUAUAGUGGCCACUAAAAGUUUCCACAGUAAGCUUAAAAUAUACUUGAGAAUAUAUGAACAACUUAGAAACGCCAGAGUGGCCCCUAUAGGGGUUAGGGAAAAAAAAAGCUUCUAUAGUGGUCAAAAAAGGGACCCUAACAGGGGUAAAGUUCAGGUGUCCUCAUAGGGGUUUAGGGUCCCAAUACGAGGUCCCCAAAGCUUAAGUGGUCCCUUUAGGGGUCUUUAAACUUCUCGUAUGCUCCCCUAGAGUGGUCACUAAUCAAUUUUCCUAUAGGGACCUUUCUGCAAGGUUUUUGGCUCAUAUAGGCUAUAAGGAAAGGAAACGAGGUACCUAGAGGGGAGCCUUCCUUGGCUCCUAGGUACCCCUAUAGGGAUCACUUUGGCGGUCCCAAGCAAAACUGAAUUCUAGAAAGCUAUUCAAUUUUUCCGCAGUACUAUAAUGGAAAGAUUGAUAAAAAAGAAAAAUAAUCAUUUUUUUAGGCACUGAUUUUUCCGCAAGACGAUGAUUGGCCAACGGGAUUCGUGCCAGUACCAAUUCAUACUGUAGAUUAUGACACUGACUAUGUAAAAUCAAGUUUUUAAAUUUUCAAAAAUCAUAGGAGAUCGUUAAGAUUGCCAACAUGGACUGUAUCUGUCAAAGACGCGAUUGGCUCUGGGAAAUGGCCCAAAAAUCGGACGAAGUUUCGGCUUGGGAAAACUCAGACCAGGUUGGCAUAAUUCCGAAGCUUUUUGAGAAUAAAUAGGUAAAGGAAACUGAAAAAAAGGACCAUUUUCAGGUAGCAGGUCUGAUGAAGAACCUCACCGUCCUCUGUGGAAAAUCCUACGCGAUGGCCGAUUUAUGGGUCGUUGCGGAUUCUCUUCUCAUUGAGGUCUCAUUUUUAGUGUCUUUCCAGAUUUUUCAUGUCAAGUACGACUGGGAAAAGCUCUAGUGGCCUCUUCAAGGACUACUUGGAGAGGACACUAAAGUGCCCACUACGGUCUGUUCCGAUUUUUAAUGUCAAUGACGUCAUUCAAAAACACUCUGUGGAUGGCUCGCUCUCUGUUUGGUUCGCACCAUUAGGGGCGGAGCUUGAGCGACGACUUGACAUUUAAAAUCUGAACAGACUAUAAAACCAUCUUGGCCACUAUUUUGCGUCUUAGUGUCCAUUAUAGGAGUUUUUAGUAGUCUAGUAGUUCAACUUCUGUAGACGCGUAUGUUUUCGCCACUUUUUAAAGGGGGUUCCUGAUCAAAAAAAUCGUCAUUUUUUUCAACUUUAACUGAUUUUUCUACAGGAAGGAAAUUUUUUUCCUAGAGUCACGGUCAACAAAAAAAAAAUGCUCAAAAUGACAUCUUUACCUUAAAGUUGGUUUGAACGGAAUCGCUCCGCCAGGAAAAAAAUUAAAUUAGUUAUUCUCUCUACCGUAACCCUAAAACCGGGCGGAGCCUCUGAAAACCAGGUGUUACAAGUUGAAGAGGUUAUGUAGUAUUCUGAUAGCAAAAAGAGCUCUGAGGGUACCGAGAUAUUUCUCAGUUCAUCGAUUUUCUCGGAGCCUAAAAGUCAAAAACCCUAAAGAGGCCACUAAAGAUUUUCGAUUAAUAUGAAAGCUAACAGUUAAUUCCAAUGUAUUCGCAUCUCGAAAAAUAGGCAUCUGUUCAAAAUUUAGAUUAUCAGCUUUGUCAGAUCGUCAAUUUUUCUUCCUUUCUGUUUUUCAUUGGAGCAACUCUUGUGUUAAACUCUGAAAGGCUCUAAAUCACGGAGUUCCCAAACGGCAACGUCAAAACAGUUUGGCGCGAAAAUUCUGAGCUCGAGUACGCAGCAAAAAAACAAGUUAUUAACGUUGAAUACUCAGUUGUCUUGAACCCAUUUUUUUUUCCAGCAAAUCUACUUCAACGCGACUUUACGGCAACAGAAUUCCUGGUUCAACGACGAUCUUUAUAACCAAAUCGUCAAUGUCAAUGAUCAGUCUUACUUCUACCAAUAUGGAGUUUUUAGUUCGUAACCUUCCCUUUUUCCAGUAAGCAUGAAAUUUUCCUCAGAGAACCCGGUGAUGAUGAACGGCCUGGACAUCGGCAAGGAGCUGCAGAUCAUCCGAGCCGGAAGUCUUCUGAACGAUCUGUCGAUGCACAUCCAGCUCAAGAGCGACUGUUCCAGUGCCGCCAAAAAGGAUGGAUGUGACUGGAUCAACGGCCUGAAGUAUUAUGUCUAUUCGGCGGUCAGUCGCCUCAUUUUUUCUUUUUUCCGAGCUACAGAACCCUUCCCUUCAAGCCUUCAAUUAAGCUUAAAAUUUACAUUAUUAAAGGCGCAUGCACAGAGACAGACCCCGCGCCUCGAAUAAAAAGAUUCUGUAGCUCGGAGGAGAACAAAAUCUUGACAAAAUAACGCCGAGUGGGCUAUAUAAGACAAAACUAUAUAUUUGAAACAUAAAAAUAACUUUUUUCAGCACGAUGAGACAGUUUACUCGUUGCUGGUGGCUCUUGGAAUCGAGAAAUAUGCGAUAACUCCCCACGGCUAUCCAUUGUAUUCAGCAGCCGGAAUCGUUGAAUAUUGGUACGACAAUGCCGACAAAAAGGAUUAUUUCAAGGUAGUUACUGAUAGAAGACUUUUUUAUUACCAUUGUUUCCGACCAUUUUGCGAGAUAGUCCAUUUUUUCGCGACUUGAAAGGGCGGUACUUCUCUGCGCCCUCCUCGUCUCUCGGUCAAGUCGCGGUGAACGGACUUUAAAGCAUAGAAAAAACUUCCCGUUCUAUGGCACGGCGUUUUUUGUCAGCGGAAGAAAAUGCAAAACCAGAAAUUAAGGGGGCGUGGUCAAAACCUCCGCCGUUCGCUCGUCAUGGGAAAAACGCGUAA